GCCACACCCACCACCUUGAUCCCUCUUAUAUAUCCACCUUGACCAAACAUAACACAUGCCAAACUUGUAACCUCUAAAUGUUUGUGGAGUUCUGCUCGUCUAAUCCUCGGUUAUCGUCAAUGGAUUGGACUAGGGGCCGAACCAUCGGCCUUGGCUCCUCUGCCACAGUCUCAAUCGCCAAGUCGCACCCUUCCGGCGAGGUUUUCGCAGUCAAGUCGGCCGAGCUCUCACAAUCCCAAUUCCUCCAAAAGGAGCAAACAAUUUUAUCCACAUUGAGCUCUCCCUGUAUAGUACAGUACAAGGGCCACAACAUCUCAAACGAAAAUGGUGCGGCUUUGUACAAUCUCUUUUUAGAAUACGCGCCCGGAGGCACUAUCUCCGACGCAAUCCGACGGCAAGGCGGUUGCCUAAACGAGGCCGCGACAAGGUGCUACGCGAGGCAGAUUCUACUCGGGCUGCAGCACCUCCAUUCCAAUCAAAUCGCUCACUGCGACGUCAAGUGUCAGAACAUUUUGGUAGCGGAAAAUGGCGCGAAAGUGAAGCUCGCCGAUUUGGGUUGCGCUCGCCGCGUAAAUUAUGAUCGUGGGUCGCCCAUUGGUGGGACCCCUCUGUACAUGGCGCCGGAGGUGGCGCGCGGGGAGGAACAGGGGAUCGCCGCCGACGUGUGGGCUCUGGGAUGCACAAUAAUCGAAAUGGCCACCGGGCGGGCUCCGUGGCCCGACGUUUGCGACCCCGUAUCGGCGUUGUACCGAAUCGGGUUUUCCGGCGAUGCGCCGGGGAUACCGAGCUCUCUGUCGAAGCAAGGCAGGGACUUUGUCGCCAAGUGUUUGAUCAGGGACCCACUGGAGAGGUGGUCGGCGGGUGAGCUUCUGGAGCAUGGAUUUUUACUCGAGGCACCCAAUGAUUUGUUAAGUCCCACCACCGUACUGGAUCGUGAUUUGUUGGAGGAGGAAUUUGAUUCGGACCAGAUUUGGGAUCCGACAUGCGAAAGCGGUUGUUCGGAUUGUUCAGCUAAGGAGAGGAUCCGACACUUGAGCGAAGGCAAUACGUCGUCGUUAGAGUUACCCAAUUGGGCUUGUGAUGAAGAUAAUUGGGUCACUGUGAGAAGCAACAACAUUGAAAACCAAGAUUUAGCUCAAAAACACACCGCUUUUUCACCUCCUACCCGGCAAUUCAAACUCGCGCUACUUCGCCCCUGUAAUUUUUACGUUGAGCCAACAAGUACGUAUUCAAAUACGAAUCCGAAUACGAAUAAGGAUACUAGUAGUGAUGCUACUAGCUUUAGCAGUAAACAUAGGAAGAGCAAGGCUAGGAUGGCCUCUAAAUGUAACAAAUAUGUAUCUUUUGCAAAUCCUAAUUUUGUAAAUAAAUUUUUUGGUUGUUUGUGAA